AUGCUUGCCGAAACCGAUAUCCAGGCCCUGGAUGCCAGUCUGGCCUCCGUAGCGCGCCAGAACGAACAGCAUCAUGACAACCUGCAGAAUCUCCUCCAGCGCUUCCAUCUCCUGCUUGACGAUUAUAAUCGGCUGAAGAGUGACUAUGAGGAGGAGAAGGAGUCUCGCGAGAAGUACAAGAAGCUGGCAAGAGGACAGGAAAGAAACCCUUUUGUUCUGGUACUGGUUGAUGGCGAUGGCUGUUUGUUUAAGGAACAUCUCGUCAAGGCCGGCAGUGACGGUGGUAUCACCGCCGCCAGGCUCUUGAGUGAUUCCAUCAAAGAACAGGUACAGGACCGACUCGGAGCUCAGGCCGAUCAGUGUCGUAUUAUGGUCCGUAUCUAUUCCAACGUCCUGGGUUUGUCGAAGUCGUUGGCUCGUAACGGCCUACUGGGAUAUGAGGCCCGGUCUCUGUCACCAUUUGCAGCCAGUUUUACCCGGUCGCAGGACCUUUUUGAUUACGUUGAUGCGGGGGAUAAGAAAGAGGGUGCCGACUAUAAAAUCAGAGAAAUGUUCCGGCUGUUUGCUGAUAAUAAUCAAUGUAAACAUAUCUUCUUUGCGGGUUGUCACGACGCAGGAUAUCUGUCUAUGUUGACGCCCUAUCGCGGCAAGUCCGAUCGUAUUACCUUGAUCAAAGCCGCCUCGUUCCACCCGGAGUAUGCCAAGCUUGACAUUCCUGUCAGGGAGCUGCCGGCCGUCUUCAUGAAUUCUACCCCAGGGGGAACCCAUAUCGGGAAUGGUAAUGGUAAUAGUCAUGUCGGCGUUGGCCCCGUGUUUAGCAAUCACACUGGUCCAAAGAAUGUGCCAACCGCGCCCUCCAGACCGAUCUGCAAGCACUUUCAAAAGGGUAUCUGCCGAUACGGCAACGAAUGUAUGAAGGUCCAUAUAAUGCCCAGCCAGCAACUGUCUCAAUCAAAACACUACGUUCCAUCCCCGAUGCAGUCUCCCAGCAAACUCCGAGACGACGCAUACUAUUACAAAAACCUCCCGGGUACGUGGGGCAAAUACAAAGAUCACAUCGCAUUGAACAUCGACGACGAGCGCCUUGAUAGCUACUGUCCCUCUCCUUCCACAGACGCCUGGGACUCCUAUAACCGGCGCAUCAAACAGCAUAAGCUGUGCAAUAGACACCAGCUCAGUGGGGACUGUGACAACCCCGCCUGUGAGUUCGACCAUGGUCCGGCGGACGACGAUUGCCUCCACGUCAUGCGGCACAUCCUAAGGCAGCAUGACGGCUGUCGGGGGACUAAACCGUGCAAGUUCGGCCGCCAUGCACACACUCUCAGCCUGAAGGUAAUGCAAUGGGUACCGCCCGUUGAGCACGUCGACAAUAGCAGCGAAUUUAUUGACCCAAGCGAUCCGUCCGAUCGAUCCUUUGAGGAAACUUCCACCACCACUACCGAUCACCCAACUAGUCCGUCGUCUUUACUCGACGGGAUUCUUAUCACUUAG